AUUGACUAUACACCUCUUCGGCAUGCCCAUUGCACGCCAAGGUGCAAUAGCAAUUUUCUGCAAUUCUAAAUUUUCUGCAACUAAAAACGUAUAUUAUUCCAUCAAGGUUGAGUCAGUGAGAUGGAAGAAUUCGGGAAAGCUAGAGAAUCGAAACACACGAAAACAAAUUCCAGUCAAAGCUAAAAAAAAAGCCAGCCUUAUUUGCAGGGAGUGGUGUAGCUUAGUGGGCAAAGGACAAUCUUUUUCGUUGAGUCAGUGAGAUGGAAUAAAUCGGGAAAGCUAGAGAAUCGAAACACACGAAAACAAAUUCCAGUCAAAGCGAAAAAAAAAGCCAGCCUUAUUUGCAGGGAGUGGUGUAGCUUAGUGGGCAAAGGACAAUCUUUUUCACCCCUAAAUUCAAUUGUUUUGGAUCGAAAAUGGCGCAAGAUACGGCGUUGUGGGACGACGCUGCUCUUAUCGAUGCUUUUAAUUCUGCCAUGACAAAAUACAAGGUAAUGCAUAACAAAUCAAGCAAGGAUGCUGUGAUUGCUGAUGCUGAAAAUGGAACCGAAAUCCAUGAAGAGGAGCUAAUUAAAGCCGUCAGUGAUAGAAACUCAGAGGAAAGAAAUGAGGAGAUAAUGGGAGCUACUUCUAGACACUCGCAUUUAUAUCUGACAGAUUCUGGAGAAGCUGGAGAAGCUGAACCUUUACAAGAUUUCUCAGCCGAGCACCUGCAUGGUACAGAAAAUGUUGGGGCAGAACAUACAUGGCCUUCAGGGCAGAUGAAUUCUGCUGAUGAACAACAUAUUCAUCUAGUUAACAAUUAUUAUGAACUGGAGAAAAAGAGACAAGAAGUGCUACAGCAACUUUAUCAAUUAAAUGGUUGGAAUCAUCAGGUCACCAAUGAGCAAGCUACCUCAAGUAUGCAAUGGAGUGGGUGUGGGCAGUGUGGUCAAGAUGCUUCCCACAAUUCAUUUUAUCCUCCUAUGCAAGCUUAUAGCCAUCCAUAUUCUCAUUGCUGGUUCGAUCAACCAUUACCAUGCAUGGGACCUUGCAGCCACUGUGCUACCUGCUCCUCUUUGGGUGGUGGCCUUACAAAUAACAACCAACCAUAUAGUCACUGUCAGUUUAAAAAUUCUAUGCAUUCUCCUUCAAUGAGAAACACAGUUGAACCCUCCAAGACAUCACUUGCAGCAGAUGGGCUGGCGAAUACUAUCUUGGAAGUUGUGAAAAAAGCAACUUCAACGGUGAAGGCAGAGAUGCCUAGAGGUGAUGAUAUAUGUGAAGGGGAGCUGAAAAUUGACGAUUCGGGAGAAGGAAGCUCUAAUUCAGACAUCACAGAAAUGCUUCAUGCUUGGUUUUUAGCAGGCUUUAGCACGGCUAGGUACAUAGACAGGAAGGCCACUGAAGAGAAAUAGCAUUAGCGUCUCUACCAGUUGGCCAUGGAAACUGAGCUUUCCAUUUCAAGACUAAAGAGAGAUGUAUCCAUAUAUGCUGAAUGAAUAUUCAUUGCUUCCCACUGAGAUGAAUUGAAGAUUAAUCGAGUUUCCUUUGCUGAGGACAAUGCCAUUUGAUGUUACCUUUAGUGCACAGCAUAUCCUUAUGUGCAGAAACAUGAAUCACAUAUUAGAGACGGAGGUUGCUUUCUGAUUUGGAGACCAGGCAACGUUACAAGCUGCCCAAAUUACAGAGGAAGUGGAAAGUUGUGUAUUAAAUAGAAAAAUCCCCCAAAAUUGAGAGGAUGUUUUUUUUGUAGAUUCCUUCAAAUCAAAUGGUGAGGUGACACUUAGUUUUUACAAAUUUAAAAAUUGAGUUAGAUUUUCAAUGAUUUUUCUCACCAAAUUUUAUAACUUUUUGAGGAAACCUUUACACGGUUGCAAAAGUUUUUAGGUGUGCAGCAGCAUUGUGUGCUAAGUGAAACUAGAAUCCAAAGGUCAAUAAAAAAUCAUGUUUUUGUUUUA